AUGGCAUCCUCAUUCCAGGAUUCGUGGCAGAUUGCGCUUGCAGCCGAAAGCGUGCUGUCCAAGGGCCUCGCUGAGAAAGAGAAAGGGCCCGCGUUCACAGACUUAUCCCACUUCUUGUCCGAGUUCCGGAUCGCUUGCCAGAAUGCCAUUCUUUUGGAUUUCGACUCUGCGCGUAACGCCAAUGUGGAGGAUCGUCUGUGGGAUGCGCAUCUGAAGUUGAACACCCGGUUUCGCAAACGGCUAGCUCGGUACCGCGAGGAGACCACAAAGAAGAAGCCGGUGGAGAAACGCAAGCUCGAGAAGCAUUACCUGGACUUUAUCAAAUCGAGCCAACGAUUCUAUCGGGGAUAUAUCCAACAUCUGUCGUCGCACUUUGGCGGGAUCUUGGAGUUGGAGAAGGUGGCGCGGAAAUUCAGCUUCGAGAGUGAGCCCUUCCUCUGCUAUCAGUUUAAUUGCCCGGUCACCAGGCUAACAGCGCUUCAUACAGAUCUCUCGGCGCAGCCUCCAACUCGCGUUUCGAGUGAUCUGCGCAAGCGCAUUCUGCAAUCAUGCCAUGCGACGCUCAUCCGCCUCGGAGACCUCUCCCGCUAUCGUGAAGCUGAACUCGUGAGCAAGGAUCGCAACUGGGGCCCGGCCAUCGGAUACUACGAUCUUGCUUCGGUGAUAUAUCCUGCGUCUGGGGCUUCCCAUAAUCAACUGGCCAUCAUUGCUCUUGCAGAUGUCAAUCACCUUCGGGCUACGUACCACCUGUACCGAGCACUAUCCGCCCAGGAACCUCAUCCGUCGGCGAAAGGAAAUUUGGAAAUUGAGUUCAAAAAGGUGAUGAAUGCAUGGGCUAAAAGAGAGCUGAUUCGCCCGGAGGAUGCCGGCAUUCCAGGAAGAGCAUUGGCUCCUUGGUUUGUCUAUCUGCAUGCUCAAUGCUACAAGGGAACCGACUUCCCUGAGCAUGAUGAGCUGGAGAGUGAAGUACUCAGCCAACUUGCUGUUGAUAUCAGAGAGCGUUCGCUCGAAGGCACUCUCCAAAAGUUCUGCCUGGUUAACAUCGCGGCAGAAGCCUUUGCCCGCACGCGAGCAGCUGAUGGACCGGUUUCGAAUGCGAGCGUCUUCUUUCAGCGCAUCAACGUGAAGACCUUUUUCACCCUUCUGCAAAUCCUCUUAGUCGAAUUGGAGCGAUUUGCCGUCGAUGAUCCGAGCAACAAAGAGAACAAGAACGGCCCGGAUAAGGUGACGGUGGUUGCUCGCCGGAUUCUGCCCGCACUUCGGCACUACAGUUCCUGGCUCCUGACGACCAGCGAUUUCCUGGCUACGCAGAAGGAAGAAAUUGACUCGUCUCUUUCCAUUCAAAUAAAGGAGUUCUGGAAGAUAUAUGCGAGCACUCUGUCGCUCCUCGCGUCUACAUUUGAUAUUGUGCGUCUUCCCGAGAUUGAUUACCUCCUGGAGGAAGACGAAGAAAGCCUCGGGUUUGCGCCUUUAGAUCAGGAGGCUACUUCCCGCCGUUACGCCGGCAUAAACAACCAGCCAAAACCUCGCAUGAACGAUUCUGGGGUGGAACGGAGCCACCCAAACAUGGAAAUGCUUUAUCGCAUCCGCGAGUUCGUAAUCGAUGGACUCGACCUGGUUGUCAGAAAGCAAAUUCCUGUCGCUCUUGUCGACGACGAAGACAAGAAGACUUUCAUCUUCCAGGAAGAGGGGCUUCCGUCUCAAUUUUUCUCAAGCCCGCAUGGUCAUCAGCAGACACUUUCGACCGCGAGCAUUGAAAGAGAGGACAUCCCGCGAGAAACCCAAGAUACGAACUCUGUUGCAGAGGGUCGGAGUAUGUUUGGUGACUCUCAGUCAGCCUCGGUGUCCAUGUCUGCCAAUAUGAAUCGCAUCGUCGAAGGUGUUGAGCGGCUGGUCGAGUCGGACACGUACGAGAACCCAACCAAUGACCAGCUUUCUUCCUUCUUAAGCGGAGCUGCAACCAUGCCGACACCGACCCAGAUUGGGCCUGACGCCAAUGCUUACCCAUUCAACGAUCGCACCCCGCAGCCCAUGAGUACGCCUAUCGGUCCUGAAAUUGGUCAGCCAGCCGUCAAUACUCCUCGGGCCGUCCUGUCUGGCUUCCCUAGCAUCGGUGGCCCGAGCAUCUGGAGUACUGGCUCCCCUGCUUCCGCCUCCUCUCGCGGGCCGCCUCCUGGUUUGAGCCAACAGGCCCCUCUGAAUUCCAUGGCCACCAGCAAUAUGAAUAUCCAGGAACAUUCUCCAUAUCGGGGGCUGGCUCAGACUCGAUUUCCUGAUAUCGGAAGCCCGUUUUCUUCCUCACUAGUGCCCUCGGAAAAUCCGUCCAGCAUGGCCCCUCCUGUCGGACAAAGAUGGGAACGGAACGCAACCAGUCGAACGACAUUUGGCGCUUUCGACGUCCCUAGCCAGCCGAUGUCGACUGGAACCACAAAUGCUUCGUGGGCCAACAACGCCUUCAUCGGCAGCAGGCUGUCUUCUGGGACUGAUCUCCAUAGUUCCGGUCUCAAUGGAAACCGCAAAUCCGGCACUCAAAUCAAUGCCAUUGGCCCGACCCCGCCGUGUGGUCAAGGUGGUUGA